AUGCCCUAUAGAAACAAGGGUAGGCCGAGUCUGAGCCAUGGCUUAGAUAAAGAGAUUUACCAAAUUGUGCGCAAAAUCGCAGACGAGCAGCAAGCCGAGGCGGGAAAGACACGCCUCACCACAUAUUCCGUAUUCGAUACAAUCAAAAAAUCAAAUUCGAGUCUGAAUCGAAAACCGAAGAAAUUGCUUGAAGACAGCAUUGAGCGGGUCCUAGAAGUAAUUCAAAGCGAUUUAGCUGGCGGUGAUGAGGAGUCUGACUCGGUGAAUGGGGACUUUGAGGGGUUGGAAGAUGAGAAGGUUGAUCAGGUGGUUGAAUCCAAUGGCUUAAACAGGAGUAUUGUCAGUGCCUGGUCGACAUCAGCCAAACAAUCACCAGCUCCUCGGAAAGGCAAUGAAUCAUCUACUGUUGAAGCCUCUGCACAGUCUACCGGGUCCAAAAGACGUCAAAAUGCAGGUGAAUCAGUACCUAAACGAAGAAAGGCGGAUCAUACCAUAGACAAAUCGCCGCCGACACAUGUCAGUUUAUCGGAUCUUGGUGGCAUGGAUGAAGUGUUGCAAGAGCUAGGAGACUUGAUUAUUCUACCCAUGACACGACCACAAAUUUUCACAUCAUCCAAAGUACAACCUCCGCGUGGUGUGUUGUUGCAUGGACCGCCAGGAUGUGGUAAGACCAUGCUUGCCAAUGCCUUUGCGGCCGACUUGGGUGUUCCCUUCAUAUCAAUAUCUGCUCCAUCGGUUGUAUCUGGUAUGUCUGGUGAAUCCGAAAAGGCUCUUCGGGAACACUUUGAUGAGGCAAAGAAGGUAGCUCCAUGCCUGAUAUUCAUUGACGAAAUCGACGCAAUCACGCCGAAACGAGAAAGUGCCCAGCGAGAGAUGGAAAAGCGUAUUGUGGCCCAGUUAUUGACCUGCAUGGACGAUUUGGCGAUGGAAAAGACUGAUGGCAAGCCUGUGAUUGUCAUGGCUGCUACGAAUCGACCUGAUAGCUUGGAUCCUGCGUUGCGACGAGGAGGUCGAUUCGAUAAGGAGAUCAACCUGACUGUUCCUUCGGAACCCGUACGAGAACAGAUUCUUCGUACUUUGACGCGGAAAAUGCAACUUGCAGAUGAUUUGGAUUUUCAAACGCUGGCUAAACGCACCGCUGGUUUCGUGGGCGCGGAUUUGAACGAUCUAGUGUCGACUGCUGGAGCUGCGGCUAUUAAACGAUAUCUCGAGCUACUCAAGUCAAACACCGGGGAGGAAAUGGAUAUUGAAGACGUGACAGAGCAAGAAGUGACUGAAAAGGUAAAAGAGAUACGCCGCUUGAUCAAGCAUGCCAAGGAAGCGCCAAUCGGACAAGAAAGCAAUCCUGUUUUGGUAUCAAACGCAGAUUUCUUUACAGCACUACCCAAGAUCCAGCCGUCUUCGAAACGUGAAGGGUUUGCGACCAUUCCGGAUACUACGUGGGCAGAUAUUGGUGCCCUUGGUGGGAUCCGGGAUGAGUUGGUCACGGCAGUCGUUGAUCCCAUCAAAAAUCCAGAAAUAUAUGCCAAAGUUGGAAUUACAGCCCCUACAGGUGUUUUGCUCUGGGGACCACCCGGUUGUGGUAAGACCUUGUUGGCCAAGGCCGUCGCAAACGAGUCUCGCGCAAACUUUAUCAGUAUCAAGGGUCCCGAACUUCUUAAUAAAUACGUCGGUGAAUCUGAGAGAGCAGUUCGUCAAGUCUUCGUCCGCGCCCGGUCCUCUAUUCCCUGCGUCAUCUUCUUCGAUGAACUCGAUGCCCUGGUCCCCCGUCGCGAUGACGCGCUAUCCGAAAGCUCAGCACGUGUCGUCAACACACUCCUGACUGAACUCGAUGGCCUAGGAAGCAACCGACAAGGCAUCUAUAUUAUCGCUGCCACAAACCGACCCGACAUUAUCGACCCAGCUAUGCUUCGACCAGGCCGUCUCGAGACUCUACUCUUCGUCAAUCUGCCAGGACCCAGCGAACGUGCCGAGAUCCUACAAACACUCAUCCGCAACCUACCCAUUGAAUUCAACGAUCAGAUGCGCGCCUUGGCUGAGAGUUGCGAGGGUUACAGUGGUGCUGAUAUCGGCAGUUUGUUGCGUAGAGCUGGUUAUUCGGCGAUCAAGAGGAGGGAUAUGAUCCGCUUUGAGGACUUUGUGGCUGCUAGGGAGCACAUCAGACCCAGUGUGACGGAUAUGAGGAAAUAUGAGAGAUUGAGGAGAGAUUGGAGUAGUGGUGUCUAA